AUGUCACUACAGCAUUGCGAAGAAGGACGUUUUGUUCGUUUGAAGCCAUCAUCAUCUCACAAAUUGAUGAUAACACUCUUAUUGCUUUUCAUGAUGACUCUUUUGUGCAUUAUUUUUCUGGCGCAGCAAACACAGGCAGUCAAAAUUGCAUCCUUCAAUAUUCAAGUAUUUGGACAAACGAAAUUGUCAAAACCCGAUGUGGUUCAAACACUUCUUAAAAUUACUGCCAUGUACGAUUUGAUAUUCAUCAUGGAAGUGAGAGAUUCAAGUAACACGACCAUCCCAGAAUUUACACGCCAAUUAAAUAAUUUUAUUCCAUCCAACAGUGUGAAAUAUCAAUUUCAAGUCAGUGACCCACUUGGCAGAACAACUUCUAAGGAACAGUAUGCGUUUCUCUAUAAACCCGAUGUCAUCAAAUUUGUGAAAACCAUACAAUAUACAGAUGUCAAUAAUUGGUUUGAAAGACCUCCUUUCAUAUUUACUUUUGAAUUAGUGGCAUUACCAGGUCAGACCUUUGCAAUGCUCGGUUGUCAUAUCAAACCCACAGAUGCCGUUGCUGAAAUGAGUCAUUUAGUGGAUGUUUUUAAUUAUUAUCAAAAUGAAGCAUUUGCAAGCAAUACAAUCAUUUGUGGUGACUUUAAUGCAGGAUGUUCCUAUGUGUCAACCAGUGAUUGGAGCAAUAUCACCUUGAGAACAGACACUCGAUUCAAAUGGCUUAUCAAUGACACGAUGGACACCACUGUUGCCAGUUCUGUUUGUCCAUACGAUCGAUUUGUGGUUCCACAAAGCAUGGCCGAUAAGAGCAUCCUCAAGUCUGGUAGCAAGUAUGAAAUUAGUCAAGUGGCAAUAUUUAGGUUUGAUGAACAAUUUGGAUUGAAUUCAACAUUUGCACCAACAGUCUCUGACCACUAUCCUAUUGAAAUGACCAUUCGAGUCGUGAAUACAUCGAGUGGCAUCUCACCAAAAGUGUCACAAUCAACAAGGGUUUCUGCUGCCACUCAUUCAACAUUCUCUCGAAUAUUGUUUGCAAUUUUGGUCUUAAUUUUGGGUUGUUUGGGUUGGCCGACUUAA